GCUUCAUCUUCCUUACAUUACAGGCACACCACCCACUGAACCCUAAACCCCGCUCAAUAACCCUAAACCCACUGAAAGAGAAAAAAAUGUCUGAAGUGGAGCUGUCCCGUUCAGAAAAGAAGCACAAGAACAAAACCAGUCCAGAUGGUGAAGCCAAAGAAUCGGACCAAGAUUUCAUGAUCAAACCCCAGAACCACCCUUCAAUUGACACUUCCCAGUGGCCCAUCCUCCUCAAAAACUACGACCGCCUCAACGUCCGAACCGGACACUACACUCCGCUUCCCUCCGGUUUCUCCCCUCAAGCGGCCCUCGCCGAGUACAUCAGGUACGGCAUUCUGAACCUCGAUAAACCCUCUAACCCUUCCUCUCAUGAAGUCGUUGCUUGGAUUAAGCGCAUUUUGCGCGUCGAAAAGACCGGCCACAGUGGAACUUUGGACCCCAAAGUCACCGGUAAUCUCAUCGUCUGUAUCGAUAGAGCCACACGCCUUGUUAAAUCCCAACAGGGUGCUGGCAAAGAGUAUGUCUGUGUUGCCCGUUUGCACUCCAAAGUGCCUGAUGUCGCUAAGGUUGCUAGGGCUCUCGAGCUGACUGGAGCUGUUUUUCAGCGGCCGCCGUUGAUAUCGGCUGUUAAACGUCAGCUUCGGAUUAGAACAAUUUACGAAAGUAAGCUUCUCGAGUAUGAUGUUGAUAAACAUUUGGGUUUUUGGAUUUCUUGUGAAGCUGGUACUUAUGUUAGGACCAUGUGUGUUCAUUUGGGAUUGAUUCUUGGGGUUGGUGGGCAUAUGCAGGAACUUAGGAGGGUUAGGUCUGGGAUUUUAGGCGAGAAAGAUAAUAUGGUCACUAUGCAUGAUGUUAUGGAUGCUCAAUGGGUUUAUGAUAACUAUAGAGACGAGACUUAUUUGAGGAGGGUGGUUAUGCCUCUUGGUCUUUUGACUAGUUAUAAAAGGUUGGUUGUGAAGGACUCUGCUGUUAAUGCUAUUUGUUACGGCGCGAAGUUGAUGAUUCCGGGGUUACUGAGGUUCGAGAACGAUAUCGAGGUCGGGGAGGAAGUUGUGUUGAUGACCACUAAAGGAGAGGCGAUUGCUCUGGGAAUUGCUGAAAUGACGACUGCGGUUAUGGCUACAUGUGAUCAUGGUGUGGUGGCUAAGAUUAAGAGGGUCGUCAUGGACAGGGAUACUUAUCCGAGGAAGUGGGGAUUGGGACCAACUGCAUCCAUGAAGAAGAAAUUGGUUGCAGAAGGCAAAUUAGAUAAGCAUGGGAAGCCGAAUGAUAGUACUCCUAAAGAGUGGUUAAGAAAUGUUGCCUUGUCAACUGGUGGGGAUUCUAUGGUUGCCGGCCAAGCAGCUUCUGCCGAGCCUGCAAUGAAGGAGAUUGCAGUGGUGGAAAAGCAGGAUGGGGAGGGGCGGAAGCGCAAAUUGGAUGAAAGCAGUGAUAGCCCUGUUCCGGUUGUUGCUAAGAAAGCUAAAGUUCAUGAAGGCGAAGCUGAGGUUGAGAAGGAGGAGAAAAAGAAGCAUAAGAAGGAUAAAGAGGGCCAUGACGCAGAAACCGAAGAGAAGGUUGAGAAGGAGAAGAAAAAGAAGAAGAAAGACAAGUCUGAAGCUAUAUCACCAGAAACAGAGAAGUCAGAGAAGAAGAAGAAGAAGAAGAAGGGCAAGGAGAGCGAGGAGGCUGCUGCUGCUGCUGCUACUGUUGUUGAUGGUGCAGAUUAUGAUAAAAGUGAAAAGAAGAAAAAGAAGAAAAAAAGGAAAGAUGAAGUAGAGUAGAUGGUGAGGUUUUAAGAACGUUCCUCUGAGUAGGAAAUCAGUUUGUUUUUCUUUUCAUGUGUUUGCGGUUUCUGAAUGUAGUUUGGCAUAAACAAUUUUAUGAUUUACUUUGUGUUAUGGAAUGCUUCAGUAUCUGCAAUUGUUUUGCCUUAAUUUAUCCAUUAUUUGCUUUUUAAA